AUGAUAUUAGACUUUGGGAAGAAGCAUGGAAGGAACUACUCCACUCGUAAGUUCUCCGAGAAGAGGGUGGACAAGUUCAAGUACCUUGGUGUCCACAUCACCAAGGGUCUGACCUGGCCGCUGCAUAUUGACUCAGUGAUGGUUGUAUUACCAGUUUUGUUCCUGUUGGGUUCGCUGUUUCACUGUGGUUGUGUGGAGGCCCAGUCCACCAGCGCCAGUGAAUUACUGAAACAGGCUGCACUCCAAUGGAACGGACCUGUGACCUGUGACAAAUGGGACUGCAAUUGUGCCUUCAAAGAGCGUGGCUGCUGCUGUGCAGCCAAAGAUAUGUUCCAAUUAGAAGAGGACACUUUCAUGAGGAUGAAAUAUGUGUGGCAGGGUAUCAGCACACUGAAUCACAGAGUCCAAGAGCUCACAGAUGGCGUCCGUGUUGCCUUCAAAGCCACGAUGAAUCCAAAUAAUACCACUCCUGGUUCUGCUGAAUAUUGCUUUGGUCCUUUUAAUACUAAUGUGCCAAUCCCCUACUCUGUCGUCACUCUUAACCAUGACAAUGCAUAUAACCCUUCCUUGGGUAUCUUCACUGCCCGUUCUGCCGGUGUUUAUGUCUUUUCCUUCACAGUCUACUCACGUGUGAUAGAGUAUGGGCGCCUCUACCAUAAAGUCCAGCUGAUGAAGAAUGGGAACAUCAUUGCCAGCGUGUGGGAAGACAAUCGUGAAGAUAAUGAAGACAAUGGCAAUCAGGUGGUGGUACUCCAGCUGCAGAGAGGUGAUCAGGUCUACGUUGAGCUGGUAUCUGGAAGGAAACUCUGCAAAUACCUGGAGAAUAAUAUCUUCACUGGAUACAUACUGUACCCCCAACCAUCCCCCUACAUUAUUGACUUUGACUUCUAA